CAUCGUGAGACCGAACGGACAGCAUCUGCACCGGUGGUGUUUAACGCUGAUGUGCGGUUAAAAGAAGACUUGCGUUGCGGUGCGUAAAGAGCGCGCGCGCGCGCGCACGAGAGAGAGAGAAUCAUGAGCGUCGCGCUGAAGAGCUGGAGGGUCAAUGAAGGUCCGAAACACUUGAUCAUGAUGGUUUGGGUCGCAGUGAAUGUGUUUCUGUUCUGGAGAUCAUUCAUGCUGUACUUCAGCGGGUCGCAGUAUUAUUAUCUACACCAGAUGCUGGGGCUGGGCCUCUGCAUCAGUCGAGCGUCGGCCUCUGUCCUGAACCUCAACUGUAGUCUGGUGCUGCUGCCGAUGUGCCGAUUACUGCUCACCUUCCUGCGCGGCUCCCGGCGGGUGACCAGUAGACGUGUCCGGCGGCUGCUGGAUAAGAGUAAGGCGUUUCAUGUGGCGUGUGGAGUCUCUAUAUGUGUCUUUUCAGUGGUCCAUGUGUGUGCUCACCUCGUCAACAUGGUCAGUUUCUCGGUGAGAUAUUCAGAGGAUUUCCCUGCGCUCAAUGUCGCUCAGUAUCGAGGACAGGAUCCCAGAGUUCUCAUCAUCAGCACAGUUCCUGGAGUUACUGGCGUCCUGUUGGUGCUGGUGUUGUUUCUGAUGUUCACAGCGUCGUCUUACUCUAUUAGAGUCUCAAGCUACGAGAUAUUCUGGUACACUCACAACCUCUUCAUCGUGUUCUACAUCAUUCUGAUGGUCCACGUAGUGGGGGGAGCUUUAAAGUAUCAGUCAAACGUGGAGGCCCACCCUCCUGGCUGCAUGCACAGCAAUCUCAGUUCAGGCUCACGGACCAAUCACAGAGCAGCAGGAGAGAAGGGGGAGGAGCUAUCACCACAGAUGGUUUGUCAAGAAGAGGCCCGUUUCCAACCACAUUUCCCACAGACGUGGUUGUGGGUCUCGGCUCCUCUCUGCCUGUACUGUGCCGAGCGCUUGUAUCGUUUCAUAAGAAGCAGCGCUGCUCCUGUUACCAUAGUUUCUGUCGUUAGCCAUCCCUGUGAUGUCAUAGAAUUGCGCAUGCUGAAGAGAGGCUUUAAGCCCCGCCCUGGACAGUACAUCCUGCUGAACUGUCCGAGUGUGUCGUCUUUUGAAAACCAUCCCUUCACUCUCACCACCUGUCCGACCGGGAAGAGUGAAACAUUCGGCAUUCAUCUCAGAGUGCUGGGAGACUGGACCUCGAGAUUUUCUCUGCUGCUGCUUCAACAGUCGAACAGCUCAGAGAUCCUUCCCAUGAUGCAACAGAGGCGAUAUCCCACGCUGCACGUGGAUGGUCCGUUUGGCAGUCCGUCAGAGGAGGUGUUUAAUUACGAGGUCAGCGUGUGUGUGGCGGGAGGGAUCGGAGUCACACCGUUCGCCUGUGUUCUACAAGCUCUCUUUGAUGACUGGCGUCAGUAUAAGUUGAGGAGGAUGUACUUCAUCUGGGUCUGCAGGGACCUUCAGUCCUUCUAUUGGUUUGCUGAUCUACUGUGUGGCCUUCAUGAGAGGCUGUGGCGGGACAAUCGUCCAGACUAUCUGAAUGUUCAGCUCUACCUCAGUAACACUCAGGGAUUACAGAGCAUCGGUGAGGAACGUUACCGUUUCUUGAGCUCCAGGCUUCGGAUUGGUCGACCAAAGUGGAGGCUCCUUUUCCAGGAAAUAGGGAGAGCCAAUCAGCUUAAAAGAGUGGGGGUUUUCUGCUGUGGACCCAAAGGGAUCUCGAAAGCGUUACACACACUGUGCAAUUCAAACGCACACUCGGGAACUGCCUUUGAGUACAACAAAGAGUCCUUCAGCUGAGGGAGCGCUAACCGACCAAUCGAUUAAUGCCGAAAAACUGAGGAAUGAGGACAAAAGCACAUU